AAAAAUAUUUCUAGUAGUAGUAAAUUUUCUAGUAGAUUAUAAGGUCAAUGUAUAUAUUAUAUAUAGAUAACAUUUUAUUCAUCCUACGUGGCAUUUUAGAGUUUUCAUUCUUUGUUAGUAAUUACUCUAGUGUUAAGCUACUUUUAAGUUUUAACCUACAAAAAACUGAAAAAUGUUAAAAUACGAUACAAUCGUGAACACCUUACAAUUAGCGAAUACACUGUAAAUUUGAUGUAAAUGUUUCAAAAAGCAUUAUAUUGUUACAAAAAGUCUUUAGCUUUAAAACUAUUUCCGAUUCGAUUCAAUGAAUUCCAAAUUAUUACGUGUUCCAGUGGCGCUGCCAUAUUUACAGUAACAUAUUUACUGUGUAUUAUUUAUGGAUUUAAAAAUUUGAUAACUCCUACCCGACGUACUGUGUGGGUUUAGAGGUAAGUAUUUGUAUAGUUUUUUCAUUGUAUUUACAAGCGCCUACUUCGAUCGAUAUAUCCAUAUGAUAAGAAUUAGUAUUAAACUGCGCUGCUGAUGGUAACUAAAAACUUUUCAAAACAAAAUGGUUUUAAAUUUUAAUGAAUAAUAAGUUGCUUACUUUUCAAAUCGAUUAUUUAAUUGGCAAUAGCCUCUCAAUAACAAUAAUCGCAAGCGCUGGCACACUACACUUUUUCAAAUUACUUAAGCAAUUCAUAACAUUCAUUAUAAGUGUUUGGUUUUCUGAGUUUCUCAGAACGACCGGAAAAUGCUUGUGGUCUCUUACCAUGCUCAAAGGCUGUACACUAUUAAAAAUUAAUUCAUGCCCUAAAACGAAAGUCAAUUUUUGUCUAGAAAAGUUUAAGUUUUUUUAGCACAGGCAGUGAGGACUUCGGACACCGGCAGAUACUGGUAGAUACUCGUAUAUUACUCUGUUAUGCAGAUACAUACUUAUAGUUUCGAUUUUUUGCGCAUAGCUCGUAUCUAUGAAAAAGAAAAUUAAGUAAUAUAGCCGUCGCUAAUUAUUUACAAAAAAAACAUUGUUCUCGGAAGAGCAAGAAAUUAAUACUUUAUACUGGGGUGAGGACUUGUUAUUCAUCUGCUGCGCCAUGGAUGAAUCGCGCUGGUUAUUUUAUUUUUUAAAUAUUUUAUCAGCCCCUGCGCCUAUCAGCCCCUGUACCGUGCUGUACGACCUAGUAGGCACUCUCACUAGGGGCCUAGUACAUAUUCGUGCGCCAUGUUUUUGUAGCACUCCCGACCUGGGACAACUUUUAAUUAUUAUUUCUAUUAGUUAUUGCGUUUGUUAUCUUGUUAGAACCUUUCAUUUUUUUAUUAUACAUUAUUAUAUGUUAGACUUAGCUGCAUAUAUCCAGUGUUUGGAGAAGACUGGGAAUAAGUUAUAAGCGUCUUCUUGAGUAGCGCUGACGGACGCGUGGAGCUAAUCUGAUCAAUCUGAUCUGCCCUGCAUCUUUUGUCAUAACCUGGAUCGUGAUCAUUGCAUUUUGUUCCUGUUUGCAUGGAAUCUCCAGCAACGCAUAAAUCUGCAUUGUCAGAAUUCACCUUAUGGGUGAUACUGUAAUCGGAGCUGCAGCCUCGCUCGUGGUGGCAGCCAUUGCCAGCCAGUUAGCAACACCCGUCUUGUGCCCAUGCAAAGCCUGACAGUCCAAUGUCCGCCUUCGCCAGUCCCGAUGUUCAGCGUCGUCAGCUGAAAAAACCCCGUCUGGGUGCGCCCGACGUCUACCCCCAGGAACUCAAGCAGAAAGAAGAUGAGCUAUCAGCGCGCACCCUCAAAGAGGGCUUUUCCUACCCCGUCACCAGUUCCACGGACGAGUACGGCAGUGCACGUCCGGGCGCUAACUACAGCACAUCCGCGCUGACGGCCAGCAAUGUCAAUGCCUACUUCAACGGGCUACUGACCAAGAAGGAGGAAUUCAAUACCAUCCAGGAUUCCGCCAAGAAACGGUCCGUGUUCAAUAGCAAGGAAAUAUGUACCUUCUUUCCCGUCGCCAAGCCCACCUCUAAGAGCUUGGUGGAUGCAUGGUUUAAGGAGCUGAAUGUCUCGCGACCUCCACUCACCCCGGCCAAAAAAGUCCCAGUGUUUAAUAAGAAGGAGGAUGUUAUUAGUACGUUUUAUGAGUACGACACGGCUUUCGUUAAGGCAGCCUGGUACAUCAAACUGAUGGCGGGGUACGCUGCUUCUCAGCCUGAUUCUAAGGUGAAGAAGCGACAAAUCUUGGAUCCAGGAAUGGAAUGGACACAAGCCGUGUUGAAAACGCUGAAAGAUCUGCUUCCCAAGUUGUCGGAUUACUAUCGCAUCACUGGCAGUGAUAAAAACGAUGGUGCCAGCAUUCUUCCCAUUGGUCUUCCUGGCUCCACCCAACUCGGAGAACAUCAAGAUUAUGAAACCCUUUUUAAACAGUGGAAAUAUUGUUCUGGGCUGGCACAUUAUUUGUAUCAGCAAGGACUGUUGGAUCGUCACGACGUUUGCACUUGGCUUGUGGACACAACGGAAAAGGUCCGGACGCUGAACGAUGGCGGCCUGCUAAAGCUAUUACUACCUUGCGUCUUGCACUUCAUGAUCGACAUCUUGCAAAAUGAAAUUCUGUCGCGGAAAUUAGUUGCGACAUGUUCGAAAUAUCUGGCAUCGAUUGCCGUGCCCGUCCGCGUCACCUAUCCCCAAAAGACUCCAUUACAACUGCUAGACGACGCACUGGAAUGUGGACAUCAUUUGGUGCCGGUGCGCGCUACGAUCUCCAUAAUUCAGAUGGUGGUGAUGAAGUGUCCGAAUGCCUGUAUCUGGAAUUUCCUGGGGGAGGAACCGACGGCGCAUGUUCUGGAUGGAUCACCGUUGGAUCUGUUGCCUGUUUUUCCCUCUGAGCUACCUAUUGGGCAGUGUCUGGAACAUCUUGUGCCUAAUAUGCGGGAGACUUUGAGACUGUACGAGGAUGAAAUUAGGACCAGGUCAACACUAAUAGACACACGGUGGGCGAACAGUAAAGUGAGCACAGAUUCGAAUAUGGCUCAUAUUUCGUCAACACUGGCCGCGCUGGAAGCUUUAGACCGCUAUCCAUUUCAUAAAUCCGAUGGCAAAGACAAUAUGGAUGCCCUAUACAACAACGUUUUCGGCUCGAUACUGCAGAGCGUAUCGGUUACCGCCGGUGGACAGUGGAAAUCAGAAGUGGAACCGUUGAUUUUCUUACUCUGUCGUUGGAGUGUGGGCACUCAGCGUUCCGGCAUCCAUCGUGGCCUGGUGGUGGCAUUUCUCCUGGAAAAAUUCCAGGCGCAUCUCAUCGAGCAGCUACAACGGAAUGACGACAAACAAGAUGUCGCGGUGACCGCCGCCGUCCCGGCAUUCUUAUUCCAAAAUUGUCUUAUGCGCUUUCUGGAUGAAGAAGGCCCGAAAUUUGAUAAUGUGGGCCAGCCGGUUGAUUCCGUCGCCUUUGAUAGCCUCGUGCUGCUUUUUGCCGAAUUGAUUGCCCGUGGUGUUUUUUCUCAUGACACUUACGUGUGUGCACUCAUCUCCACCGGUAUCAUCCCGCAAGCCGGUAGCGGACGCCGUCCGAUCCCGCCGGUCAAUCCCGCCGCCAUGGCACUGGAAUCUCCCAUGUCGCAGGAACCGGGAUACAUGCCGCAGAUGUCACCGUGUAGCACUUCCGUAUCGACACCCGCGUCCGUUGGCGAUUAUUACAUGCAACAGUCCGUCGGCAAUCCACAACACCAGAUGAUGGAUGACUACCAGAAGCGCAUUUCUGUUCCGCAGUCGCCUUUAUCCGUCGGAUUCGAACGAAAACCGAACUACGGACCAUAUUCCGUGCCGAGUGUCCCCGUGGUUUAUCCAUCGUCCACUAUGCAUGGUUUUCAGCACCAUCAUAUGGAAGAGAGCGGUUCAGUUCCUCCUAUGUCGGCCGAUGUAUCUAGUUUGGAUGGGUACGCCCAGCCCGCCAGUGUGUCAUCCGUAAUCUCCGAACCUGCGGUAACCACUUUGUCACCGCAUUAUUAUUAUGUCCUGCAUUUUCCCAUCCCGUCGGCCACGGAUAUGGAAGGUACCCAUGAGACGAAUCAGCGAUUAGCUUUGUUGUAUGGAUUUGGGCGUGCGCGCGAUCAACCGCGUCAUCAAGUGAAGAAAAUCCGCAAAGAUAUUCAGAAGCUCUUCCAUCGGAAAGGAUGUUAUGAUGCCAUGGAUGGGAAAAUGGACCCUCGACCGCCGAAAGCGGAUAUUGCCGGAAUAAUCUCAGGCUUACGGCAGGCUUUGAAAAGUUUGUCGUAUUUCGAUCGAAAUAUCGUCAGCACCGCCGCCAUGGGACCGCUGCUGGAAACACUGCAUAAUUUCAGUCAGGAUCAGUCGCAGUAUGUGCCAGCCGUGGAGAGCAUAAUCUUUGUGAUGCAGAUGAUGGAAGCGGCCUUCAACAUUCGGCAACUUUUAACCUGUGUGACGAAAGUACUAGGAGAGCUGACCGUUUUUGUGCGGAAUCCGGAUCCGACAAAGCAGCAGAAAACGACACUGCUUUAUCCGAUUUUGGUUCCACCGGUUGUGCUGUUCUGUGUGGGGUUAUUAAGGAAAUAUCACUGCUGUUUGCUGCUGUCCCAGGACCACACGGGAGCGAUAUUUGAAGGGCUGAAAGCUAUUGUCAAUAAUGUUCUUCUACCGGGUUAUUGUACAUCGGCGGAGCGGUGUGUGUUGGCGUAUAUGUACGACUUGUACCAGAGUUGUGCCUUCUUACAAGCGAAAUACCAGACAGACUUCAAUGCACCAUCGUCGAAGAUUCGCAGUGCCAUUCUUGUACGGACUAGACCAUCCUCCAACAAGCCGGAUCUGGACAAGGAGGCACCACGCGAACGGGAGAUGCGGGAAGGAGCAAUAAGGGACUUUGUUAACGGGAUUGGCAAUAGUUUGCUGCGUUUGCGUUCACCCAGCCAGGGUGAAAUUACCAAGAUGCUAAAUGACAGUGUUACCGGCUUGGCCAAUAUGCAUUUCUUCGUUGUCAGCACCAUUUUACGGGUGACACAGGAGGAGAAUCCCGACACGGUGAAUGAGUUGGCUAAUACGUGUGCGGAAAUGACGGCAAACUGUAACGGAAGCGAGCGGUUGCUGACUGCAGAAUGGCUGGCGGCAUUUCAAGCCUUCAUUUUUACUUACAACCGCACACCGAAUUAUGACGAUUUGCUGCGGCAGAUUCGAAUCACUGAUGAAGCUUUCGAGCGCAUCGCUAUAUUUUGUGGCGUGCUGGUGGCCCGGCAUUGUCUGCGACUGGAGGACUUUAUUGGCAGUGUGGCCAUCAUGACCCUGAUGAGCGCUAGCAAGUGUCAGGAUGGUGAUCCGACCCAUAAUUUGGAGCGGAAUCUGGAACGAAGCGGUCGGCUGGCAGCGCAUAUCAUGUUGCGAUUAUUGCAGGGCUCAUACGGGCCACCAGAAGAGCCAGGACAACCAUUGCCGCUCUUUUACCUGAAAUAUCCGUGUGACAGGUAUCUGUUGGUGGCGGCUCGACGAAAUCUGAGCGUGGCACCGCUUUUGGCUGUCCUGAAAGCCAUGCUGGUACUGAGUGACUCAGAUAUGACGAAGGAUAGCCGACGAAAUCGCAUACGAAAAGAACGUCCCAGUGACGCUCGCGCUGAUAUUACUAGGCCUUUUGGCGCUGAUAUCCGCAAUUUGAAUGAGUUUGUGGAGAUGGUUUUAUGUGAGAUUUGCCAAGAAGACACGACAAGGGAAUGCGUUAUGCGCGAAUUGGAGAAUUUGUUUUCCCCGGAUCUGCUGCUGGAUUCCAUCUUGACUCUAAGUCAGACUCGGCACUUGGUGCGAUUGAUCUGCUAUCCGGUCAGUUACUCCGCUCCCUCACCCGACGAGCGGCCUACGGAUGAUAAACAAGCUUUCCAGCGUAUGCUGCGCGCUUUGGACCAGUGGAAUCUGCGGGUUUCUUGGAUGGAGUUACGACUCAUGUUGAAAUUGUUCGAUCCCAAGAUGUUUGAUUCUGGUGCUGGGGAUCGCAGUGCGAUGUUGGACAUCUUUGUAAAGGCAUUGAUUGACGUUUUCCAACUGAAAACAGAAGCGAAUGGACAGCCGAAAAAGAGCAAAAACCAAAGCAUUAAGUACGAGCUGGAUAGUGGGGAGCAUGUGUGGUUUUUGGCGCCAAUCGUUGCCAAGCUGAGUUCCGUUUUGCCUGAAGGCACUGGUAUUCCUGCAAAAGUCCUGAAUCAGAUGAUAUCGGUCAUGGAAAGUUGCACUUGGCCAGGGAAGAAGGAACGAGAGAAGCUAACUAAAAGCACCUUGUUGUUGGGCUAUGCGCCGUUUCUUUCCCUUUUAACCACCUGCUUGAACAAGGCCGCCGAUCGCAAUCCGCGUGAACAGCUCCUCCAGUCGUUGUAUAAUCAACUGACACAAUUCGCCAAGGAAGACCGUCUGUUACCCAAUGAUGACAACAAGCUGCGGUCGUUAAUUCUGGACUCCUUGAUGUUGCGGCUAAGUUUGCUGGGCAGUCUCUUUGAUAUCAUCCAAAAGAAUACUGCUCUGCUCGUCGAAUGGGCAUUUUUGUUGGCACAGUUAAUUAUUUCCGGUUGUGUUGAUCCCGUCAACAGUCAAGACACGUUCUACACUGUAUUGGAUAUGUUUAUGGUAUUAAUCCAUACGGCCCUCGCAGCAGAUAUUCCGGGUCCUGAUCGGAUCGAAGAACGGAAAACCUACAUUACCUUGGUGAAGAAAGUGAAAAAAGAAAUCGGUGAGAAAUUGAUAGCGGGAGUGGAACACAUCCGAUUGUUGCUGCCGCUGUCCAAGAAAAGUCUGGAUGUGAUUGCGGUCGAGCCCGCUGGGUGUGUGUUUGAUGCAAAAGGCAACAAAAUCACUACUGGAUUUGAUGUGGAUAAAAAACCGGGAUUGCGGGUGUCCUAUAAAGUCAAGCUCAAUCCGUGGGAGGUCUUGGAGGGUUUUCGAAAUCCUUUUCCCAUGUCGUGGUCAUUCUUUCGUGCCAUUCGUACGGAGAGAAAACUCCUUAGCAGUGAAUUACAGUACCGCGUGGCUAUCUGGCAUACCCAUCCCUCGCCACGACCCCUGGAAUAUUAUCUGGAAUCACCGCACGUACCGGUGGAGGAAGAUAUGCCCGCACCCGAGAAAAUGGUUGUCGAUGAGCCUGCCAACUCCGAGACAACAUCCAUCGACACCUCUUCACCCCGUAGUCCCCGCGCCCGUCAAUCCAAAGCCAAAAAGUCCAGUACGACUACGAAGAAACGCCAGAAGACAGCAGCGGCGCCGCUGAUGGGGGUGCAUUCAGGAGCGGGAUACGGGAAUAUGGGUGUGUCCAACGCCGGCCCGAUGUACAAUGAAAGUGGAAUGAUGAUGGCUCCCGGUAUGAGUGUGCCGUCGAACGCUGGCCAGCCGGCUCAGCAAUGGUAUGGACCGGGGCCCAGUCAAGGGGGCAUGGCGAUGGCAGGGCAUGGCCGUUUCCCGUAUCCCCAUCAACAGCCGGCCGGCAGUCAUCCGGCUGGUCCGGGAAUGGUGCAGGGAAUGAGCGGACAGAUGGGAGCGAAUUUUGCGGCACAGGAAGCGGCCGCCAGACGGCAGGGCACGGUGCGGCAACCGACACAGGUGGCCAUCCAGCAGUUGCUGCAUCAGCGAAGGGAACAGUCUCAACCACAGCCUCAACAAGGUAUGAGCUUCUUGAACCAACAACUACACGGGCGCCCCGGAAUGGCCAUGCCACCGGGCGCUAACUCAGGCCAGCCCAUGAAUGCCGGGAGUAUGUCCGCCGGGAUGGGCGGAACGAUGAAUGCUCCUGGUGGCCAGAUGGCCGGAUCGCAUGGGCAGAUGGGCUUUGUUAAUCGUCCGGGUGGCGCACCGACGCCGGCGUUGAAUGUCCAAGGCGGAGGUAACAUGAUGUCAGAGGAAGCAGUUUUCCGGCAGCAGCAAGUCGCUCAAAGUCGUCUGCAACAACAACAACAGCAGUUACGGAUGGCCCAGAUGGCUCAGGCCCAAGCUCAGGCGCAGGCGCAGCAGAAUCAGAUGCAGGCUGGUCAGAAUCCCGGCGAUGUCGGACAAAUGGUGCAGCGUCCGGGAAUGCCAAACAAUGCGGGUUAUGGAGGUUACGAGAAUGUGAAUAUGCAGUCGCAUGAACAACAGCCCAUGCAGACAAUGUAUAUGGAUUCUCAGCAGAACAUCUCCAGUCAACAUGUGGGCAACACAAACCAGUAUCAAAACGUUAUGGAUCCCCAUCACUCACAAUCGGGCAUGUCGGGUUUCCGCCAGGGCAACGUGGGGAUGAAUCACAUGCAGAAUAUGGGAAACGUUCCACCGGAAUACCUGCAGCAGUAUCAGCAGCAGCAGAGAAAUAUGCGGUAAAGAACGUUUAAACAUUAAUAUUUGCCAAUAUUUGUUUAUGUUAAUACAUCCGCUUUUCUCGGUAAUUUGCAUGUCACUAUAUCAAUAGAUUCGUUAGUCUGCUGUUUGUUGAAUUUGAUUGUUAUAGGCUUUUAAAUCAGAAUUGUUUACUGAAUUAAGUAACUUCGUGUCGCUUUUUGUAGAUACUUUCGUUAUCUGGUAGUUUUUUUACCAAAUUUGAUCGUUUGAUUUUGAGUUUUUAAUUUUAGCGUUGGCUGCAUUUUAUACUGGCUUCUAACUUUUAUUUAUUGAUCUCGCAUUACUGAGUAUGAAAUAUGACCCCGUG